AUGGGUAGGACCAGGAAUAAGAAAACGAAAGCCAUUACUACGCUGGACGUCUUGGCAAGGCAAAAGGAGCCCCCCUCAUCAGCUGCUCUACUCGAGAAGGCGCAGUCUCUGAUCGUUCAAUGCGACUAUGAACUCGCCAAACGCUUCAUCGAACGCGCCCUGCAGGCGGAUACUACAGAUUCUACUGCCCGUGAGAUGCUCGGGGUAGUGCAGUUGGAGCUAGGAGAUCUAGAUGAUGCUAAGCAGACGUUUGAAUCGCUCGUUCCGCCUAGCUCGACUGCACCACCGACCCCGCCUACAUCGGCAUUCUUGUACCUUGCGCAGCUGGUGGCCGAAGACGAUCCUCACAGCGCUCUCCGAUACUACCAGACCGCCGUCGAUAUCUUACAGGCUCAACUCAAGGGCAAAGCGAGAGCUAGCGACGACGAUAAAAAUGACGAAACAGAGACGAAACAGACUGCUGUUCGUGCCUUGAUCAGCAUGGUCGAAAUUUGGAUGGAUCCUGCGCAGGAUCUUUGCUUCGAUCCUGUGGCUGAAAAGACCUGCGAGGAGUUAUUGCAGAAGGCACUUGUGACGGAUCCGGGAAAUGCUGAGGCUACGCAGAUGUUGGCAUCUGUGCGCAUGUCUCAACAAAGGCCAGACGAAGCUAAACAAUUGCUCGAUCAAGCCUGGUCCGUCUGGAAGGACUUCGACGUUGACGAUCCCCGAUUACCGUCGCUAGAGACUCGCCUAGCAUUAGUGCGACUGUUUUUAGAGCUUGCCCUCUUUGCACCAGCUUUACUCGUGCUUCAAGGCGUGAUGGCCGUCGAUGACCAGGAAGUGGAGGCGUGGUAUCUGGAAGGAUGGUGUUUCUUCCUCAUGGCCGAACAGUCAAAAACGAGCGGGGAGCCUAUAGAAGGCUUGACUUGGGAAGAACUUGCGAAAGAUGCGUACGACUGCUUACAGACGUGCAAAACGUUGCACACGAAUCAGGACCAUCCCGACAGGCCGUUGCUGGAACACGCUGAGGAACUCAUGCACACGCUGGAUGGAUUUGGCAUAACACCGUCACCUGCUGAUGAAGAAGACGACGAGUGGGAAGAAGCAGAUUCAGACGAUGUCGGUAGCGACGAUGACAUAGAGAUGUCAUGAGCACUAUCAUUUGGGCCGGACGAGACUACGUUCCUAAUCAUGUUGUCUCAUGUUGUCAUUUCCAUCAGUACACUACUGUUU